CAGUGUGAACGUGAUGCGUUUGGUCGCAUAAAAUUUACUGCUUCUUUAUAUGAACAUUAUAUCGCAAAAUAGAGAAGUUUCAUUGUAACGCGACCAAUUUUAUUUCAAUUUCGUUUAUUUACAAUGGUUUACAUGUUUGUUUUUUUUGUAACAUCUCAUUUUUUGAAGUAAGCAGAAAUCAUAAAAUGGCUACGUCUUUGUCGGGUGAAGUUCAAGCCUUUUCUCUCACGUCUCCGGUGAGGAUUCUGCUGCUUGGGAGGAGCGGGUCUGGGAAGAGUUCAUCGGGAAACAGCAUUCUGGGCACAAAGCUCUUCAAGACCAAACGCAAAGGCAAACAAGGGACUAAGGGACAAGGCACUAAGGAAUGUGAAUCCAGUACGGCAGAGACUUCCGGGAGGCAGGUGUGUGUGAUUGACACGCCUGACCUGCUAGACCCAGGACUUAGUGAUGAAGAGGUCACUCGCAACAGAGAAAACAUCAUCUCUCUCUCUAAACCUGGCCUCCAUGCCUUUCUCCUGGUUAUGCCUAUUGAGGAAGAUACUCUUGCAAAUGAGCAGGAGUUGCUGGAGGUGAUGAGGCAGAUGUUUGGGGAAGGCGCUCUUGCAUACACCAUUGUGCUCUUCACUCGAGGAGGUGAGCUGGAGGAAGAGAGUAUUGAAGAUUAUAUCCAAUCACAGGGGGAAGAGUUAAAGCAGCUUGUUCAGGAAUGUAAGGGCGGGGUACAUGUGCUUGACAACAAAGGCUGUGAAACUAGCAGCCAGGUGUCAGAUUAGCUAAAUAAGAUUGAUGCAAUGGUGAAAGAAAAUGGAGAGAAUCUCUGCAUUGUCAGAACGAGAAGACACAGCAUGGAAGAGCCGAUUCAUUUUUCAGAAGCAGAAGCAGCCAGAGUAUUCUCGGAGGAUGCCGGAGACCAACCUUGUGGAAAAGGCGAGGAAUUCAGACUGGUGCUUAUAGGAAAAACUGGGACUGGAAAGAGUGCUUGUGGGAAUACCAUUCUUGGUAGAGAAAGAUUUAAGUCUGUUUCUGCUUCAAAAUCACAAACUGUGCAGUGUAAGAGGAAAGAUGGAACUAGGUGUGGUGCAAAAAUAGCUGUGGUUGACACCCCGGGGUUGUUUGAUACCAAACUGUCCAAUGAGCAGGUUAUUGGGGAAAUUGGGAAAUGCAUUGGCCUGGCCUCCCCAGGGCCCCAUGCUCUCCUUCUGGUGCUAAAGGUAGGGCGCUUCACCGAAGAAGAGAGAAACACAGUUCAGGAGAUUAAGAAAAUGUUUGGUGACGAUGCUGAAAAAUAUACAAUGGUUCUCUUCACACACAAAGAACUACUCAAUGGUGAAACUAUUGAUCAGUACAUCGAAGCAGGUGAUGAUAAUCUCAAGAAACUAAUUAAAGAAUGUGGGGAUAGGUACCACUGUUUAGAAAAUGGAUCACCUGCAAAUUACAGCCAGAUUAAAGAUCUGAUGAAAAAAGUACAGAACAUGGUGUCUGCCAAUGGGGGCAGCUGCUAUAGUAAUGAGAUGUUCCAGGCGGUUGAGGCAGAAAUCUGUGAAAUUCAGAAGAAGACAAUGAAAGGGAAAGUCGAGCAGUUUGGAAAAUCAGGUAAACCUGUUACCAAAACAGAGUGGCAAAAGAUUUAUUCACAGUUAUUAGCAGAAUCACGAAAAGAGGCAGUGACAAUUUUGUUUCGUGACCGACUAAUACUGGCAGUUGCAAGGAUGCGUAGAAAAUUCAGAGUCACCCAGGAGGAAAGGGAUGAUGCCAUGCGGAUGGCAGAGGAACAGGGUAUAUCUGAAAGCAAAGCACUGGAUUUGGUUGUUAAAGCCUCAUGUCAAUUAGCCAAAGAUAAGUGCAAGAUUCAAUAGAAUCUUCAUAGACAUGGCAUAUCUCUUGGCAAUUUCUUCCGUACUGUCAUCUGUACUGGUUGGUGAAUGUUGUAAAUGCUCACCUUUGCUUUCUGACACUUUUGCAUACUAAAACACAUCCCUCACUUUAUGACCUUACAGUAAAAUUAUUUGACAAAAGUUCUAUUCAGAACUAAGAACCAUAUUGGAGAAAAUUGUGUGUACAAAAAUGUGAUAUUGCCAGGAAGAACACAGGAAUACAGAGGCCCAUUUAUAAUCAUUAAGUAUAAGAUUUACCCACUGUAGAAAGACUUAUAUUGUAACAAAAAAGCAUGAUUAGGCAGGGUUUCUGCUGUUCUAACUGCACCACA